AUGUCUGUCACGCCUCCACUGCAGAGCGGCGGCGGCGCAUCUCCCGAAGUAGGUGGCCCUACAUCUCCCAACAGGUGGGGCACCGUCUCUGGCGGAAUGCGCAGUCCCCCACCUGCUCCAUCGUCAGGCGCAGGUGUUCGUCGCAAUCACACCAUCCACGGACCCCGUCAUCACGGCAAGCCUCGGUUGGAGAAACACUUUGAACAGCCCGAGGACUUUACAUCUGCUUCCACACUCGCGCAUGACGCUUCGGCUGGCCAAUCAGCGUUGCAAUUCGCAACCGCGGCAGGGGACUCGGUGACCUCUAGAGAGGAUGCUGCACUCGGUCUCCACGCUUCUCCUUCGACCCGUUCCGACAGCGCAGGCGACUUUGUGUCGUCGCUCACGCCGCUCCAAGCCCUUUACUCGAAAUCGAGCGUCUCCCGAAACCUCUCGCUGCCCAACCGUCACUCGACCAAAGUCCCUUCCACCUUGCCCAGUAGCGCUACGCAGGGCCGAAGCAGCCUCUUCAAUAGUCUGUCAGCCAUCACCGGAGGUUCCGAUUUGGACGAGCACGAUUGGGAGAAGCUCAUCCACUCGAGCAACGCUCUCGGUGAUGAGCAUCAGCAGGAUCCCAACGCGUCCAACAGUCUCUCCCUCCAAACCGGUCGUCCCUGGUCCUCUUCGCUCUUCUCGCACGGUCAGCGUGGUGGUGCUGCCGACUCAUCUCACCCUGCAUCGCCCAUUGCUCGACCCGGUCUCUUUGCGGAUGGACAUCGCCGCGACAGCAGCGCUAGUGGCGACCUCUUUGACCAGGCUGCACGCACCGAUUCGCAAGCCUUGGGCGGCUCCUCCAGCUUCUUACGCCGUCACCAGUCGCUCAACCAUCACGCUGGACGUUCAGCAGCGCAUCGAUUGGACACUCGUUCGGGUGACCUUCUCCACCGUCAGGCGGACGACGUGACUGAGCCACCCAUGUCUCCUUACUCUUCGCGAACGGACGCGGCGUUCAGCCCAGCGCGACACACCGCCAGCCUUUCGGCUACACACAGCCCCGUGAUGCCCACCGCCUAUUCCAAAGCGCCCUGGAACCAGCCGACGCAGGAUCCGAUCGGAUCGCCAUCGCGCUUCGCCUCUUCCUUUCCUUCGCAGAACCUUGAGACACCGCCCGUCCGCAUGCCCUCCGAGGCCGAGGGCGCUUCGUCCUUGCUCGCCGACGUCGGUACGCAACUGUCCGGUCUCGACCUCUCGGGUUCGUCUGCACUUGCUGCAGAGGAAGGGAAGGAUGCUGGCCACUCGAUGCUUUCGAAUCCGUCGGCCCCUAGCAAUGCUGCUGAUGGCCGGCCCUUGAGUGGCAGCAGGAAGCUGCCUCAGCUCGUGACGAAUCGAGAUGCACUGCAGCGUAAUCAGCGCAGCAACGGCGCUUCUGGUCCCAUCUCUGCCGCCGCCUAUGUACCGCCCAUUGGCCACGCUCACAGUCGGCAUCAAUCCAACGACCCUUCUUCAGCUCAAUGCUUUGACGCUGAUAUGGCGCAGCGCUUCGGGCCCUUUACGGCGGCACCUGCUGGCGGCUGGCUAGACAAGGAUGCCGUUGCUGGCCGCUUCGAUGCUGGUCAGCCGGCGAGAGGCGCGGGGCCCGACUCGCAGCCUUGGAUGCAGCAGCAGCCGCAACACGCUGGUGCUUAUCCCGCCGGCAUCGAUCCGAACGUCAUGGCGCUCAGCAUGGCGCUGGCACAGGAGCAGCAGCGCAACGCCGUCCUUCAAGCCCAGCUCGGAGCGCGCAGCAGCAGCAGUGCUGGCGGACUGCACGAUCCUCAUCUGUUCGGUAUGCAGCCGAUCGAUCUCCACGGAGGCAUGCAGUCGAUUGGACAACAGCUGCGAGGCGGUGCGGCGAUGCCAGCUUCUCCGCCGAUGGGUGCCAUGGGCCACCUUCCCUCGCGCGGCCAACCCUUCCCCAUGCAACAGCAGUCUGCACCGGCCUUCCGACCUCCGAUGCAGGCACAGGUUCCGUCGCCACGACCGCCGGCUGGUGGCGUCUUUACCAGCGUAGACGCCGAAGGUGUUCCCGCAGCUACGCCCGUCGACCCGACAUCGCUGGCGCUGCAGAAAGGCUACAACCCAGCGCCGGGAACGUUUGACCUCGCACCCGUCAAUGCGCGCUUCUUCGUCAUCAAGUCGUACACUGAAGACGAUGUGCACAAGUCGCUCAAGUACGAGAUCUGGGCCUCUACGGACAAAGGUAACCAGCGGCUCGACAAGGCAUUCCGGGACAGCGCACACGACGGGCCCAUCUACCUCUUCUACUCGGUCAACGCCUCGGGCCACUUUUGCGGCAUGGCGCAGAUGCUGACGCCGCUCGACUAUGCCACGUCGAGCAACGUGUGGGCGCAGGACGGCAAGUGGAAGGGCACGUUCAAGGUGCGCUGGAUCUAUGUCAAGGAUUUGCCGAACAACCAGCUUCGGCACAUUCGGCUGACGAACACGCCCGAGUGCAAACCGGUAACGCAGUCGCGCGACACGCAGGAGCUGACGCCCGAGGCGGGGCGCGAGGUGUUGCGCAUCAUGGCCGCGUACAGUGCCAAGACGAGUCUGUUGCAGGACUUCAACUUUUACGAGAUGCAGGCGAGGGGGGUGGGUGUGCAGCCGUCGGCGCGGCCGCUGCCGUCCAGCAGCCCUGCGGUCGGCUUGGGUGGCUUACUGCCCAGAAACAGCCCGCAGCCCAGUGCCUCGCCAGCGCUCGGAUUCGCCUUUCCCACCAGUCCGGAUCUCGGCUUUGCACAUCAUUCCGGCACCGGCGCAACUCCCUCGCCCAACAGCGGCGCCCGGCGUACACAGCUCACCGCCACCACCACAGCUUCCGCCUCCGCCGGUACAGCAGGCACACCGCAGAGACCCCACGGCAUGUCCGGCCUCGGUCUCGCGCCAAGCCCGAGGCCCAAUGUCGAGCUGAACAAUACCCUCAGGGGCGAUGACAAGAACGGCGAUGCGGGCGCAGCAGGUGCACUGCCAGACGCGGUUUCGGCUGCACAGGUCGCCGGCCUGGCGCCUUCGGCUUUCUGA